GUUGUUCGGUUUGUGUUGUAUUGGUUGUGAUAUAUACCCAGUAUUGGUUUAUUGUUAUUUGUUGAACUGUACCACGGAUUUUACGUGAGGUAAAAGACUUUGAACAGAGGGGGGUGGAGCUCAAACUCUCAAAGACCGAGGAAUCAGUUAUCGUUUUGUUACAAUAUAAUCGUUAUAUAAUUGCCAAACCUUGCUGAUUGAAGACAACUUUCUUUGUUCACCCAACGCUACAUCUACAAAAUCAGUAUCCAGAACUUUUACAUUUCUUUGCUUUGGUGAGCUCCUUCUCUGACUACUGAAUACCCUGGCAUUACACCUGCUGAACUACUCUACAAAUAAUGGUGAAGUGGGUUGAAGUACAAUGCGGUGUGGUACACCCUGUUCGUAAACCCCGUCCUCUCAUGAAGUGUCGCUACUUUAACUCGGAACACUCUAUCCAGACGUCCCCUUCUUAUCUGCAAUUCAAGAAGGAUCUCUCAGCUCUCAGAUGUACGAGGGGGGACAUGAGCGCACACCGGAGAGUAUCGAAGCUGCCCUCGCUUAAAGCACCUAGUCCAAGCACACAACAACAGCACUUAGCACCCACAUCUCCUGCUCCUUCAUCUGCUGGAUCAGAUGAUACACCCUCCUUGAGCUUAAAAGAACAGUCACGGUUGUUCAAGCGACAAACUAGGUCACGUAGAACAAGUGUUAGUAGUAACGAGAACGGGUCCCUAACACGAGAUGUCCAUCUUUCCGAGUUCGCGUUUGUUGAACAACUUGAAGAUUUCCGGAGACAGUUGCUGGAUCUGAGGAAAGAUAAGAAAAAACAGGAAGAUGAAAUUAUCAAGUAUAAGCUGCUGUGUAAAGAGAAACAUCAAAAUAUACAGGAAUUACACAACAAACUAGAAGCAGAGAAAGCGAACUGUUACGAUUUGAGAGAACAACUAACACGUGACUUAACUCUACAACUACAAAACCAACAUGCUGCUGAUAAAAAGAAAAUCACAUUUGACAUGUCCAUUCUCAAAAAUGAUAAGAGAAAGAUGGAAUCAGAGAUCCGACUCUUGGAAACAACAAACAAAGGUCUGUUUGAGGAAAUCAGACAGAUACGAUCAUCCUACGACACUAAGAUGGAGAAACUGAUGAAAGAUUUUCACAUAGAAAUAUACAAGGAAAGUGGAGAAAAAAGGCGAUUAGAGAAAAAGUUGGCUGACACAAACGAAAAGUUGACCAAAGAAGAAUAUCUUGCCAAACAAGCCGAAUUAGAAAGGGACAGAGCGGAAGAGUGUGCUAAAGAUGCAAAGCAGCGCAGAACAAGUACCUUCGGCUAUGAAACAACAAUUCUGGACCGACAGAACAAGAAAAUAGCAGAAUUAGAAGAGACAGUACGGAAAUUAGAGAGUCUCAAGACGAUAGCUGAGUCUCAGAACAUAGAGCUGAUAAGGAAGAUUAAAGAUACUGAGAAGGGUGGACGAGGCACGUUAAAGAAGCAGAAACCUGAGGAGAAAGAGGUGAAGGAGUCUCCGCAGGCUGAGAGGAAGAAGAACUUGAAUAAAGUAACUAGCAAGGAGAAGAUAGAAGCUGCUGACAAGAAACUCAAUGCUAAGGACAAAGAUGGUAAACCCUCACCGAAGGAUCUAGAAAGCUACCUGAAGCUAGCCAACAAGGAGCGGAAUGUUCUGGAACGGAAGAUAGCUCUGUUGGAGAAGACCCGGCAACAAACGGGGGAUGAGAAGAUAGACAAUGAGAUCUCCGCUCUGAGGCAGCAACAUAAGGAACUGCUGAAGAAUAUUACUGAGAAGGAGGUCAUCCUAAACGAAUCCCAAGACAAAGAUUCAGACGACAACGACGACAAGAAGUCCAAAAUCCCAUCACCCUUCAGCCUAGCUCCUCCUGGUAAACGUCAGAUCCCGAGAUCACCGCGAGCUGCUAGGAAGAUCACUCACAGUCGCUCACCUUCGCCCCUCAUGAUGAUGAAACUAACUGAGGAUGGUGAAGAUGAUGAGGAGAGUGGCAAGGGGAAGAAGCUACCAAAAAAGAAACCCGUUGGGAAAAGGAAGGAUUCGCCUGGUACUAAGAAAGUGGUACCGGUGGUACCGGUUGAAAAAGUGGUACCAGUUGAGAAAGUGGUACCGAACGGGAAUGUUGUGACGAUAGACAGAUCUAAAUACACCAGCACGGAACAGCAAACCCUGACGACAACACAUAAAGACCAGGAGAUUCAGGUUGAGAUCUACGAUGAGGAAGAAGACGAUAUGUACGAAAACAAUUUCGACAUGGGUGGAGGUCAGUUCAUGUUCCAAGAACCAGAAAUAAAGGAGUCAGCAGCCCCUCAGGACACCUCGCUCACUCUAGGAGGUGUCCACGCUAACGACAAGCUGCUCGAGCAGUUCGAGGAACAGUUGGAGGCUCUUCAUCAGCUUAGGGAGAAGGAUAUGGGCAAGAUAGCGUCGCUCAGUGAGAAACUCGAACAGUACAAGCAGGAGGUUGCAUCUCUAAACCGGAAAGCUGGCUCGUACUUUAGCGAGCUGGAAGUGAAGGACUCGAAGCUGAACACCUCAAUUGCUGAGAUCGAGAAACUGAACGACGAAAUCAAAAAUCUUCAGGAUCAGAACAAUUCUUUAAGUGACGCAGAGGGAGGCGACUACGGCAUGAACGGUAACCUUGAAAAGGAGCUGUCAGAAGCCAAGAAGGAUGUUGAACAGCUAACUGGAGAUCUCCGGGAGAAACAGCUCACAAUCAUGAAACUUCAUCAGGAGCUACACGAAGCAUCAGAGGAGGUGAUGGACAAGUCCGGGGUAGUUCGACAACUUGAGGCCCUUGUUGAGAACUUGAAACACGACAAGGAGAUCAUGAGGGAGGAACAAAUGAACUUUGAGACCACAACUGAAGAGGUGUUGGACCAGUUACGGAACCUGAAAGUUCGUAAUAACCAGCUUGAGGAAUUAGUGAGAUCCCUGGAGACUGAUGUGGAGACCCACAAACGGGACAACACCAAGUUAGCUGAUGAGAAACUGAUGCUGCAGUCGAGAAGGAACGGUUUGAGGUUGAGACGGAAGAUCUUUCUGCUAGGAUGGCUGCUCGAGAUAUGGAGCUGGAGACGGCUCUGUCCAAGAACCCCACCUCAGAGGACUCCAAAGCAACUCUCAACAUGCUCCAGGAAAUCAGGCAGAAGGAUAACGCUCUGAAGAAACUACAGAAGAAGCACGAUGAAACAAUGAUGCAAGUGAAGAAGGAGGUCGAGAAACAGGUGUCUCAUCUACAGACGAAAGUGUCUAGAAGAGAUGAUGAUCUGGCUAACUUGAAGUCAGACCAAAACAAAGAGAGGACACAUCUUAUGUCACAGAUUGGCGAUCUAAAGAGCGUGAACGUCUCCCUGAAGGAAAACAUCUCUGAAAAAGACCGUGAGAUACAGGAAAUAUACAGCAGUGUAGCAUCUAGUCGCUCUAACGUGGAUUCUAAGGAGUUGAACAAGAGAUUAGCCGAGCUCGCUAACGAGAACAUGAUGUUGAAGGAUGAAAUCCAAAACUACAGGACUAUUGUCAACGAAAAGCGACCUAAAGGAUUUAUGGGCGAGUUAGGCCAGAGGAUUCAGACUCAACGACCCAGCUUCACCGGAAAAAGUACUCCCAACGUCACUAUCUCUGAUGAUCAGAGUAUUGGAAUAGAAGAAGAAGAUGAUGAAGAUAUCGGUGAGAUCCAGGUAGCUCUAGUACUAUACAGCUACGAUCCCACCCAAAUGUCCCCCAACGACUACCCCGAGGACGAGCUUACCCUUGCUUCUGGAGACUUCAUCUACAUAUUCGGAGAUCCUGACUCAGAUGGCUUCUUCACUGCUGAACUCAUGUCCGGAGAAAGAGGUUUGGUACCGAGCAACUUUAUCCAAACUGUAGAGCUGAACGAGAAGAAGACUCAGCAGAUGAGGAGAAUGUCUCAGCAGCGCAUGAGUAUAGCUCCUGUUGUGGGGCUACCCUCUGAGAAUGCUGUUAACACUGACAUUCCAGUCCCUGAGGAGAUCGAGUGUGAAGCUAUCGGAACUAAAACACUGGAGCUGAAGUGGGAGCUGCCUGGUACCAGAGCUAUUGUUCCUAUUCUAGGUUUUAGGAUAAACGUCAACAGUCAGGAGUUCAAGGUAACCAACACAGGAGAGUGUAGGACUGUGUUAAACGAGCUGCCACCAGGACGACCCCUCUACAUCUCCAUCCAAACCCAAACUAUGAUGGGAGAUGGACAGGAGAGUAAAGCUUGCGUGUACGGGCGGGAGACUAUCAAGGCCCCUGCCAGUCUGGACGUUACAAACGUGACUACAAACAGUGCCGUGCUAACGUUUGUGGGUCAAGCUCACUACCACCAUGGAGUGUUUGUUAACGGUGAAAAUGUAGCAAUUCUGCAACCGGGCGAGCUACUAUACAUGUUGAGAGGAUUGGAUGCAGAUACUGAGUACGAGGUGCGUAUCGUAACACUGACUUCUGAGGAUACAUCAGUUAUCAACAAGAAGACCUUCUCUUGCUCACAGUCCACCACUUUCCUAACCGAGAUUACAGGAGAUUGGAAGCCCCCAUCUCCUCCUACCUCGAUAGACCUGGCACCCUCAACCCCCGAGGAUCUGCAACUCAACAUUCUGGACCGGGAUAGAAUUGAAGUGUCAUGGAGCCCAGUGGAAGGCGCUGCUUCUUAUCACAUCUAUCUUAACAACGAGCUAGAAACAACAACCAAAUCAGAUGUACUCAAGCAGACUAUGUUCCUCUCUGAGCUGAGAGAGAAGGAUGACGAACAAUGUUUUCAUGUCGUCGCUCUGAACUCUCAGGGAGACCGGUCCUUACCUUCAGACACCAUAUCAUUCUUCAAAUCAGAACUCUUUUCUCAGCUGUCCUACUUUUUUGUGGCCCCAAAUACCGGGGCCACCCCUCCUCCAUCAGACACCGAAUCUGAGGUUGACAAAACUCACAACCUUCCAGAAGAGAUCAAAUCUCGGCUCCUAGUCCGGAUAAUCUGCCCUCAAGACUCCUGGGAAUUCAAAGUGGGUCAGAUACUGUGUGCUGAGCAAGACCCUGAGGGGUACAGGACUAAUGUGGGAGAUAAGACUGUUAACCUACCCCCGGGUAGCGUCGUUAGCGUUCCCAUAACACGGCGAGUUGUUGCUCUCUACGAUUAUCAUCCUCUUGCCAUGUCCCCCAACCCUGACUCUCAUAAUGAGAUAAGCUUCAUGGCUGGUGACGUGAUCCUUGUUUACGGACAGGAUUCGGAAGGCUUUCUAAAGGGAGUUUUGGAUAACAAGAAUGGGUUAGUGCCCUCCAACUUUGUGAUAGACUUGGAAGCGGUUUUAAACCUGAGAAGUGAAAUUGACGAGGUCGACCAGAAAGAUGGACCUUCUAGCAUUGCUCAGGGGCUUGCUCGACAAAUUCCUUCCAAUCUAAUGACUGUAAAUUCUUCUUAGUCAGAGUGCAGGGGUUAUCAGUAAUCACCCUAAUUAGGGAGUAUUCAGGGAGCGUUCACAAAAUGUCCUUAACCAGUUAUUUACGACUAAGAUAAACCGAUAUAUCCCUCCUCAAAAUAGUUUGUGAACACCCCCUCUGUAUUAUUACUGAUAUUAUUGGUAAUAUUCGUAAUAAUCAGUAAAUAACUUGACUCCCAGUGGGCAGGAGAUGCAGGUCGUUUUGUCACGUGAUUGCUGUCCAUAUUUUUGAUUGGCUCAUUGCAACUGUCACGUGCUAAAACAUUCCGUCGCCCCUCCCACCAAUUGUUAAGUCUUUGUUUUCGACAUUCAUUGGCAACCGUCGUGGUUGCUGACGAUAUCGAUCUUUUAUAAAUUGUACAUAAGAUGAAUUAUCUGUUUGUAAAAUUACGAAAAGUUUUUAACGCGUAUGUGUUACCUAGGGAUAUCAAUUGCAGUACUUCAAAUGAAAAUGCUGUUCGACCUACCUACCUUCGGUCGACACGUUAUUCUUAGGAAACGUGCAAGAUUUGUCAAGAUUUAUUUUCAGUUUUUGUUAUCGGUAAUUUUGUAUGAUAUUUAUUUUUGUAAUACGAAAUGUUCUCAAGUGCUCUUUCAUUUUGUAAGUUCUUUCGGAGAUUUUAAAUGCAGCAUCAAUUUGAUGAUCAUAAUUAGCUAUUAUAUGAUCAAAUACUAAUUAAAACAUUAAAAGAUGAACCGCUGAUGUAGAUUAGACAUUUUUGCUUUUUUCAGUAUAAUGUAUAACAACUUUUAUCUUUAUCUUUAAAAUCGUGUUGCCGACUUUUAUGUUAACUUCAACAGUGUAUACCCGACAAAGAUUAUUCAGUACAUAUGAGUACAUAUUAAAUGUUAAAACUACUGAAUAUUGGUUUUCAUGAAUGAUGAAGAUUUGGAUUAACUGAUGCGAUGGAUAAACUUAAAGUAACUGAGCUGUUAUUAAGCAUUUCUUGCUUCAUUAAAUUUAAUGUAACUUAUUAUAUCCUAUUAACUUACAUUUUUAAUUGAAUACUAAAUU